UUAUCUUCCAUCCAUGCACAUAAUAUUGGUGAAACGAAAUUAGAGUUUUGGUUUCAUUGCAACAGGCCAAAGAUAUUUAAAAUGCAACUUAUGAUGAUCAUAAUUGUGAUGGUUGGUGUUGGUAGAACAUAGUGGCAGUGCAUAUCAGUGUUUAUGGCUAUAAUUUGAGAUGACAGUGGAUGCUUUUAGCCAUCAUACUAGACUUUUUCAAAGGAGUUUGCCAUCAAUAUCACUAAUAAUUUAAUCUCAUGUUCAUUGUUUUACAAUUAGACAUAGUAGUUGGAUUGACUUCUUGUAUGAGACAAUAGACUCCAAGUCUUCCCUAUCAGUAUUGACAAUUGGCAAGUCCGUGUAUAGUGAUUAAAGUCCCUGAAAGGAGGAGCUGAAAUUGUUUUCAUCUACCAAGAGUUAAGAUUAAUCUGUCUAUAAAAAGAGAGUGCUCUGAAAUCUUGUGGGAUUCAGUCAAUUUUUUCCCAUCGAGAUGGCAGAAAUAGUUCUGAUCGCUUUUCUGCAGGUUCUGUUUGAUAAAUUAGCUUCUUCACAGCUUGAAGAGUAUGGGAUGUGGAUGGGUGCUAAAAAGGAGCUAGAGAAGCUGGAGAGUACUCUAUCUACAAUUGCAGCAGUGCUUGAAGAUGCAGAGGAUCGGCAAGUGAAGGACAAGGCGGUUCGGAAUUGGUUAACAAAGCUCAAAGAUGCAGUUUUGGAUGCUGAUGAUGCAUUGGAUGAGUUUGCAACCAAGGCUUUGCAGCAAAAGGUGAAAUCUCAGAAUGAUAGCAAGCACUGGGUGUCUAGUUUCCUUCUUGUACCCAAGUCUGCUGCUUUAUAUGUUAAAAUGGAAUUCAAGAUGAAGGGGAUCAAUGAGAGGUUGAAUGCUAUUGCAUUGGAGAGAGUGAAUUUUCAUUUUAACGAGGGAAUUGGAGAUGUGGAGAAGGAAAAGGAAGAUGAUGAGAGACGACAGACACAUUCUUUUGUGAUUGAAUCUGAAAUUUUUGGAAGGGAAAAGGAUAAGGCAGAUAUUGUAGAUAUGUUGAUUGGUUGGGGUAAAGGAGAAGAUCUUUCCAUCAUUCCAAUUGUAGGCAUGGGGGGAAUGGGUAAAACAACUCUUGCUCAAUUGGCCUUCAAUGAUGUCAAGGUAAAAGAAUUUUUCAAGUUAAGGAUGUGGAUUUGCGUCUCUGAGGAUUUUGAUGUUCAAAGACUGACAAAAGCAAUCAUAGAAGCUGUGACAAAAGAAGGAUGUGAUCUCUUGGGGAUGGAUCUACUACAAACUAGACUUCGAGACAGAUUGGCUGGGGAGAGAUUUCUACUUGUUCUGGAUGAUGUUUGGAGCGAAGACUACAACAAAUGGGAUCGUUUAAGAACUUUGUUAAGAGGAGGUGCAAAGGGAAGCAAAAUCAUAGUUACCAGUCGUAGUGCAAGAGUUGCUGCAAUAAUGAGCUCGUUAUCAACAUGUUAUCUGGCAGGACUAUCCGAGGAUGAUUGUUGGACUUUGUUCAGUAAACGAGCAUUCGGAAUUGGGGGAGCAGAGGAGACUCCUAGAAUGGUGGCUAUUGGGAAGGAAAUCGUCAAGAAAUGUGGAGGGAAUCCUCUGGCAGUUAAUACUCUCGGAAGCUUGAUGCAUUCUAGAAGGGAUGAACAAGAGUGGAUAUAUGUCAAGGACAAUGAACUCUGGAAACUCCCUCAAGAAUGCGAUGGAAUCUUACCUGCACUGAGAAUUAGUUACAAUCACUUGCCAUCUUAUUUAAAGAGGUGCUUUGCUUACGCUGCAGUUUUCCCAAAAGAUUAUGAAAUCAAUAAAGAUAGGCUCAUUCAAAUGUGGAUAGCAGAGGGCCUGGUGGAAAUCAGUAAUUGUGAUGAGAAGCUAGAAGAUAUGGGAAACACCUAUUUUAAGUAUUUGGUGUGGAGAUCUUUCUUCCAAGUUGCAAGGGAAUGUGAAGAUGGUAGCAUUAUUUCUUGCAAGAUCCAUGAUCUUAUGCAUGAUCUUGCACAGUUUGUUGCUGGAGUUGAGUGUUCAGUUCUUGAGGCUGGCUCAAAUCAGAUCAUACCCAAGGGAACUCGCCACUUAUCAUUGGUCUGCAAUAAAGUUACGGAAAACAUCCCAAAAUGCUUUUAUAAAGCAAAGAACUUGCAUACCCUUCUUGCAUUGACAGAAAAGCAGGAGGCUGUCCAGGUUCCUCGUUCACUUUUCUUGAAGUUCAGGUACUUGCAUGUGUUGAUUCUAAACAGCACUUGUAUCAGAAAGUUGCCAAACUCUUUAGGCAAGUUGAUACAUCUCAGGCUCCUAGAUGUUUCUCACACUGAUAUUGAAGCAUUACCUAAAUCCAUCACCUCUCUAGUAAAUCUGCAGACCUUGAAUCUGUCCCAUUGUUUUGAACUUCAAGAAUUGCCCAAAAACACAAGAAACUUAAUUAGCCUUAGGCAUACCAUUAUUGAUCACUGUCAUUCAUUAUCAAAGAUGCCCUCUAGGAUUGGAGAAUUAACUUCGCUACAAACACUAUCACAGUUCAUUGUGGGCAAGGAGUAUGGUUGUAGAUUGGGAGAGUUGAAGUUGCUGAAUCUCAGAGGUGAAUUGGUUAUAAAAAAGCUUGAAAAUGUAAUGUACAGAAGAGAUGCUAAGGAAGCAAGAUUGCAAGAGAAGCAUAAUCUUUCCUUAUUGAAACUAUCAUGGGACCGUCCGCAUGACAUUUCAGAAAUUGUAUUAGAAGCCCUCAAACCUCAUGAAAACCUGAAGAGAUUUCACCUAAAAGGGUAUAUGGGCGUGAAGUUCCCUACUUGGAUGAUGGAUGCAAUUCUAUCAAAGCUAGUGGAGAUCAAGCUGAAGAAAUGCAUGAGAUGUGAAUUUCUCCCGCCACUUGGACAGCUUCCUGUUCUCAAGGCUCUUUACAUCAGAGGUAUGGAUGCUGUCACAUAUGUUGGUAAAGAGUUCUAUGGCAAUGGUGUUAUUAACGGAUUUCCAUUACUCGAACAUUUUGAGAUUCAUGCUAUGCCUAACCUUGAAGAAUGGCUAAACUUUGAUGAAGGCCAAGCACUAACCCGCGUCAAGAAAUUAGUAGUAAAAGGAUGUCCAAAGUUGAGAAAUAUGCCCCGUAACCUUUCAUCUCUCGAGGAGUUGGAGCUGAGUGAUAGCAACGAGAUGUUAUUAAGGGUACUGCCAAGCCUAACCUCCCUUGCUACUCUACGAAUAUCUGAAUUUUCUGAAGUUAUCUCUUUGGAAAGGGAAGUCGAAAAUCUCACCAAUUUGAAAUCCCUUCAUAUUAAGAUGUGUGAUAAAUUGGUCUUCUUACCCCGGGGAAUAAGCAAUCUCACUAGUCUUGGGGUUCUUGGCAUUUGGAGCUGCUCAACCUUAACAUCCUUGCCAGAGAUACAAGGCCUAAUCUCACUUCGAGAGCUAACUAUAUUGAACUGCUGUAUGUUGUCAUCUUUAGCAGGAUUACAACAUCUUACUGCUCUUGAAAAGCUAUGCAUUGUAGGUUGUCCAAAAAUGGUUCAUUUAAUGGAGGAAGAUGUACAAAACUUCACUUCUUUACAGUCUUUGACAAUCUCCCAUUGCUUCAAGUUCACCUCCCUGCCUGUUGGCAUCCAACAUAUGACUACAUUGAGGGAUCUUCACCUACUAGACUUUCCUGGUCUGCAGACCCUGCCAGAAUGGAUUGAAAACCUGAAGUUACUACGCGAGCUGUCAAUAUGGGACUGUCCUAAUCUUACAUCAUUGCCAAAUGCAAUGCAGCAUCUGACUUCACUAGAGUUUCUUUCAAUUUGGAAAUGUCCGAAUUUGGAGAAGAGGUGCAAGAAGGAGGAAGGUGAAGAUUGGCAUAAGAUAAAACAUGUUCCAGAUAUCGAAAUCAAAGACCAGGAGAUCAGAAUGGAACAGAUUAUGGCACCCGAGAUAGCUGCAAAUGAUAAGCAUUUAGGAAGACUUCUUGGUGAGGCAAAGAAAAUAAGAACUGCUAUUGUACAUUCUCUGAAAGCAGCUCAAGUGAUAAUAGGUGGAGUUUCCUUGAGAAAGCAAAGGCAAUGAAGGCUGCAAUGUGUUGCGAGGACAGAAAGAAUUAGAACAGAUAACCAAAAUUUGCAGCCUUAGUAUUAGCAAAGAGAAUGAAAAAUAGGGUCAGCAAGUUAUGAACAGGAUGUGAACUUUUCCUUUUCACUGCUUUAUCGAAGCAAAUCAAGCCAAUGUCCUGCUGCCAAAAUGAAAGACAUGAUGGAGAUUGAUAAACUGAAAUUAAUCCGGUUUUCCCAUAGAAAGGGAAUGGGGGAUGAAAUGGUGGAUCGAUACUGGUGUCACAUGUGCUCUAGGAUGGUGACCCCAGUAAUGGAGGCUGAAAUUAAAUGCCCAUUAUGUGAAAAUGGGUUUGUGGAAGAGAUAGG